GACUUGAAGACGCCCAAAAUCCAAUCCUACAAUUCAACAUCACCCAAACAUCAGCCAUGACUCGAGCCUCUACCCUCAUACUCAACACUUUUGAUGAACUCGAAUCACCCAUCAUCUCUAAACUUGGCUCUCUCUUUCCUAAAGUCUACACCAUUGGUCCUCUUCAUGCCCUCGUCAAGUCUCAAAUCACACAUCACACAGAGUCAGAUUCAUCAAAUGGUAGUCUGAGAGAACAAGACAUGACCUGCUUGACUUGGCUCGAUUCUCAGCCGUCCAAAUCAGUAAUAUUCGUUAGCUUUGGAAGUGUGACCAUGUUGACUCGUGACCAGUUAUUAGAGUUUUGGUAUGGCUUGGUUAACAGUGAAAAACCAUUUUUGUGGGUAUUAAGGGAAGGUUUGCUUUUGGGAGAUGAUACCGUGGUUGAGACUCCAGCAGAGCUUGAGGUGGGAACUACGGAAAGAGGAUGCAUGGUGCGUUGGGCCCCACAAGAAGAGGUCCUGACCCAUCGGGCUGUGGGUGGGUUUUUGACCCACAGUGGGUGGAACUCAACGUUGGAAAGUAUUUUAGCGGGUAUUCCAAUGAUUUGUUGGCCACAUAUGGCUGAGCAACAGGUGAAUAGUAGGUGUGUGAGUGAGUUGUGGAAGGUUGGGGUUGAUAUGAAGGACAUUUGUGAUAGAUCAACGGUUGAGAAAAUGGUAAGAAAUCUGAUGGAGGGUAAGAGAGAGGAGAUCAUGAAAUCAAUGGCUGAGAAUUCGAAAAUGGCUUGUGACAGUGUGAAGGAAGGUGGGUCCUCUUAUUGCAACUUAGAGAAGUUAAUUGAAGACAUUCGAUCAAUGAGGUCAACUAAGAAUAUUGCUCAUGUUGGAAAUGAGUGAAGAAAAUUGAAGGCAGGCAGUUUCAGGACUCUGGCUUGUAAUCUUUCAGAAAUUAUCUUUGGCUGCAUUGCUAUACAUGGCCUUUAGUUUUGCUGAUUAAGUUAGAGAUGAUAUGUUUGUCUGCUUUUGAAUGUAGUUUUGGCUCUUCUUCUUGUUGUUUUCUGGUUUUUUUUUUUUU